GCCAAAUAUGCUCUGGCUUCCUCUUAUUCUUCUACAUCCUCGCUUCGGGAGUGAGAGCUCCUUCGCAUCUUCGUAUCAGACAUAACCCCCCCUGGUCCUCCCGACGAUGGCCGCAAGCCAACCCGAUAAACUGUGCUUCGUCACGGUGGGCGCCACGGCGUCGUUCCAUCUACUCCUGCAAGCCGUGUUGGGCCAGCCCUUUUUGGACGCUCUGUAUCAGUCGGGAUAUACGCAUCUGCUCGUCCAGUAUGGCAAGGACGGCCGAUCUCUCUUCGAGGAAUACCUAGGCAAAACGCCCAAUCGCCACGGCAUUACGAUCAGCGGCUUCGAUUUCAACCACGAAGGUCUAGACAGGGAAAUGGGAUUGACACAAUGCAGCUCAUCCGAGAACCGCAGCGGCGGAAUGAUCAUCAGCCAUGCAGGAUCGGGCAGUAUUCUCGGGGCAUUACGCCUUGGUAUCCCCUUGGUGGUGGUUCCCAAUCCGACCCUAAAGGACAACCAUCAGGAAGAUCUGGCGCACGAGCUCCAGAAACAAGGAUACGUCGUUGCUAGCCGAUACCAGGACGUUGCGGCCGCCGUAGAGCGCGCGGAGACCCUGAGGUCUCAGAUGUUGACUUGGCCACCUGUGAUUGGGGCCGGGAAGAAACAUCGUACGCUGGAUCAGGUUAUGUCGGAUGAGAUGGGGUUUCUGGAUUAGUUCUCUAUGGACGGUUUCAACGAGUUGGUUGGGAGAGAAUUGGUUUUACUCUUAGGUGGAACACACCGCGCACUAUUCCGUAUAACUUGAAGGGAGGGCUUGAACUUCCUUUAAAUGAGCAACCUGUAUAGAAGGACUAUAUAAUAUCCUGAGAAAUAUCACUAUUAUAAUUUCAC